CUAAGGGUCGUGCAUGAACAGCCUAAUGUAUCACGAAGGUGUUCCAAAAGGCCUUUGUCUAAGCGAUUCGGCUUAAACAGGGAAGGUCGGCAUCUAGUGCUGAAUGAUGAAUGCUGUGGCUAAUCAUUUUGCGGAAUUAUCUACCGCUACAUGCUAAUUUUUGAGAACCAAACCGAUAAGAUGAAUGAAUGAAUCCCGAAGAUGAAUAGAAAGAAUGGAAUAUAAAACUUCAAACAGUAAAUACUUAAAAUGUUUCACAGAAAACGGGAAUAUUUUGCUCAUAUAAAGUAGGCAGUGUACAUUGGAAAUGUUCAGCUUUAUUACCUCCAAACAAAUUGACGCGCUACAAGGUCGUGCUGCUACUGAGUCGUAAAGGAAUAAGAAAUACUGAAUUGUUCAGCGGGAUAUGGAGAGUAAAAUCGAUGUUCCUGGUACCCCAUCUGGAAAUGCUGUACCACACCUGCCAAAAACAGUGUCAUAUAUAUGUGGAGAAUGCCGGGCUGAAAAUGAAAUCCGACCCAGGGAACUCGUUCGUUGCCUCGAAUGUGGACACAGAGUUCUUUAUAAGAAGCGUUCUAAAAGAAUGAGCGUUUUCGAGGCCCGAUGAUACCUAUUCGCAAUUGUUGAUAAACUUAUGUUCGAUUUUGUAAAUACGCUGUGAAAUAUAGAUACCCUUUCCAAGAAAUGUAUUAUCAAGUUGUACAAUGGUGUAUAUAUAU